GGGCUGUACCAGAGAAGUGAAACUAACCUGGUCCCACACAUCUGCAGUGCAGGGAGCGAUGGCCGCUGUGCAAAAACUCCAGGAUGAAGCCACGUGUUCCAUCUGCCUGGAGUAUUUCAAAGCCCCGGUGUCUAUCCACUGCGGGCACAACUUCUGCCGGGCCUGCAUCAACCAGUGCUGGGGGGAGUCGGAGCCAAACUUCUCCUGCCCCCAGUGCAGAGACACCGCCCAGCAGAGAAACUUCAGGCCCAACAGGGAGCUGGCGAACAUGGUGGAGCUAGUGAAACAGCUGAAGUUACAAGCGGGGAAAGAGCCAGGGGGGGAGCGAGUGUGUGAGAAACACAAGGAGCCUCUGAAACUCUUCUGUGAGGAGGAGCAAAGCCCCAUCUGCGUGGUGUGUGACAGAUCCAAGGCUCACCGAGACCACCCUGUGAUUCCCAUCGAGGAGGCUGCCCAGGAGUACAAGGAACAAAUCUGGACACAACUGCAGACCCUGAAGGAAGAGAGAGAAAAACUCCUCAAAUACAGACAGGCCGAGGAGGGGAAAAGCCAGGAAUACCUGGCGAAGACAGAUGCUGAGAGACGGAAAAUAAUGUCUGAAAUUCGUCAAUUGCGCCAGUUCCUGGAGGAACAAGAGCGACUCCUGCUGGCCCAAUUGGGAGGCCUGGAGAAGGAGAUUGUGAAGCUGCAGAAUGAAAAUGUCACCAAACUCUCAGCAGAGAUUUCCCGUCUCAGCGAGCUGAUCAGUGAGAUGGAGGGGAAGUGCCAGCAGCCAGCGAGUGAAUUCCUGCAGGAUAUCAGAAGCAUCUUGAGCAGGUGUGAGAAAGGGAAGGCCCAGGCAGUGGGGGAGAGUCCUUCCAAGCUGGAAAAGAGAAUUGGUGAUUUCUCUGAGAAAAGGAUUGUUCUGGAGAUGAGUCUGAGGAAAUUCAAAGACACGCUGGUAUUUGAGCUGGAGGUGGAAGGGAGUCAAUUUUUGGCAAAGGAGAUGGAAAACUUAGGUGAAAAGGUGAAUGUGACUCUGGAUCCAGACACGGCUCAUCCCAAACUCAUCCUGUCUGAGGACUGGAAACAUGUGAAAUAUGGAUCUGCCCAGCAGGAUCUGCCCCACAAUCCCAAGAGAUUUGAUUCUUCUCUCUGCGUGCUGGGCUGUGAGGGAUUCACCUCGGGGAGAUGUUACUGGGAGCUGGAGGUGGGCAAAGAGGGAGGCUGGGCCGUGGGGGUAGCCAAAGAGUCAGUGAAGAGGAAGGAACCGGUCAAAUAUAGCCCUGAGGGAGGGAUCUGCGCUGUAGCUCUGCGCAGAGGUGAGUACUGUGCACUCACCUCGCCUGAAGAAAUCCCCCUGUCUCUGAGCUGGGUACCCCAGAGGAUCCAGGUUUCUCUAGACUAUGAAGAGGGGCAGGUGGCAUUUUUCGAUGCUGAUCACAAGUCCCUCAUCUUCCGCUACCUGAUGGCCUCUUUCACUGAGGAGAGAGUCUUCCCUUUUUUCUGGGUGGUGGGAAAGAUGUCCUGGCUCAGACUGGCUCCUUCAGAAAUGAGGUUUCAAAGCCACGUCUCCAACCGUCAUUUCCCCCAAAAAGGUCACAAUCACGUCCGCGUCGCACCCCCAGGGAUUCUCCACAGUGCAGAAGGAAUGAGCAGCACUGAACUAAACCUAGCCGCUGCCUCAGCAGAGCGUGCAAUUCCCGCCUCCGGCAACUCUCGGCCCAGUACCUUCCAGCAAGGGAAACCGAAGCCAAACACUUAUCACCUGCGCAGGCGGGCCCACCGCAAUCCAGUCCGUGCCACCUAUCCUGUAAGGGGAACAGAGCCCCAUUCGGCCCAGGCAGCCACCCCCCAGCCCACAAAUUUUUAUUCCUGGCCCGACUUCCUGAAAAGAUAUAAAUAGAUUCCAGCUGCCCUGCUCCUCACUGUCCCUGUGCCCCGAGGUAAUGAUCUUGAGUCCCCAGCCGCUCUGCUCCUCUUUGCCUGCUAGAAACUGUCUCCCAGUGAGAGCCCAGAACGAGCCACUUUCUCUCCCUGGAGAGAAGCUUGGAGCUGCAGAGGGAUCUAGGCCUGUGUGGGCCCUGGCAGCUGGGAGUGGCCAGCCAGGGAGGAGCUGGAAUUCUGUUCCUCGCCUUCCAGCUGAAGAACUAGCCUCUCCCCUGCUGCCCUAGGGUCACUCCUUGAGUUACGGGAGUGGUCAAUAGCGCUGGGCAGGCUGGGAAGUUGUGUGACUGGAGGGGAGCAGAGAGGGCAGAGCCCCUUGCAGUGGGAGGCUUUGGAGUAUCGGUCACUUCGUGAACAGGGCUGAGGUUUCUGUACUGUACAGAUUAGUCUGCUUAUUUUAGGAGCAAGGGGCCAGGUUGCGGCUAUGCAGUGGCUGCUUAUUGUGCUAAACAUGCUGAUUCUUGAGUCCAUCCUACUUUGUGUCCACCUGCUUUCUCUCCUUAUCUACAAGACUAUGAACUCUUCAGGGCAGGGGAUGUCUUGAAAUACAGCACCAGGGGCCCCAGAGCCCAGACUUGUACCGGCACGUGCUACCACAGUUCCAAUACUACACAAUAACAUCAGUGAAUGACUUGCCACUUGAAGCAUUUCUCUUUCUUUACAGCACCGUUUUGUAUUUUACAGGAUUUCCCGCCCAUUAGAAAUUAAGAAUCCGCAGCUACAAAGAGGGUUUGGUGGACAUUAGCCAGGGUUAUUUUAGCAAAUUCUCUCUCUCUCUCUCUUUUAAAUGAUUCACACAAUCUGGGCCCAAAGAGUUUUUAGAACAGGGUCUCUAGGGGAUGCUAAAGGGCUCUCUUGUCUGGGCCAUGUAGCAUUAAAUACAGAAAUAAAUUCG